AUGCAAGACGAAUCAAUUUCUUCAAGCCCUUCCUCCUCCACAAAUAAAUCCAUACGCAAUGCCAGAACGUUAAGGAAGAAGUGCAGGAGAAAUCUAAACAAAAAUGUGGAAACCUCAGAGAGAAGUGGAAGCAAGGAAGAGAAUUUACAAUUUUUGUACUAUGAUUCCGAAGGCAAGGAGGAGGACAUGAAUAAAACCUUUGUGGUAACAUCUUCUCUUGUAACAGAUUAUAUACCUUUUGAAAUGGAAACAUUGCUGAUGCAAGCUGAUCGUCAAUCCUUAAAACCUAAAACAGUAAAUGUGCCUCCAAUUAAUGAAGAAUUCCAAACAUGCCAAAGACUAGUGGAAACUGAGUUUAGGGAAGACUGUGAGAGAUCCCGUGAUAAAGAAAAAUCAUUUUUCAUUACUGAAUCGGAGUUGUUAAAUUGUUGCAAUGAGGCUGAUCAAAUUCUUGUUGUGGAAUCGACACCAAACAAAAGUCUGCGUUUGGUAAAUUCAAUACUCGAGGAUUUUGCCCUGUCGCCAUUUACAACAAAAUCAUUGGAGACAAGUACCACACACAAUUGGGAAUAUAGUCCACAAUUUAUAUUGAAACAAAAGCCCGAAAAAACCUAUUGCCGUAGGAAGCAGAAAAAGAUGCGAUUAAGUAGGCGUUUGGAAUUUAAUGAGUCGGCUAGUAAAGCAGAUGACAAAGUACACGAAAAGGAGGAGGAAGACUGCUUGAGUAAUGGUAGUUCAGCCAUGUCAAUACAGGAAAUAAGUCAAACUGAGGAGGAUGAAGACAUUUUGAAUACCACCAAUACGCCAGAUUUAAGCGAACGAGUUGGUGGUAAUCUUUUGAAUCUCACAACUUUUUUCACCCAGGAAAAUUCACCGGGGAAACAGGAAUCUCAGACAAGUCAUAAUAAUGUUGCUCUGCUGCAACAAGAUAUCGAUUGUAUGCGAUUGGUAUAUUCACAAAGAAGCCAACACUUAAAUUCGUAUAAUUCUGAUGAAGAUUUUUUGGGUUUCCCCCAUGCAUCAGAGGAUGAAAUAUCUUUGCCCAGUGAAAAUUGUGAGGAGGAAGUUAUAAAUAAAACCUUGGUUAGUCCUCAAAGUCUGCAAAUGUCUAAUGAUGAUGAUCGGGAAAUGAAUUGUGAUGAGGAAGAUGAUGAUGUCAUGGUUCCGGAGACUGAAGCCGUAACUAAACCAGAUUAUCAAGAAAAUUGGUAUGAUGAUGGUUCAGAUCUUUUGGCAAUGAUCAGAACUCAGGAAGUUUUAUAUCAGAAAAAUGAAUUCCUAGCAGACAAAGCUACUUCCAAUGAAAGUACUGACUUGAAUACAAAUCAAAAAAUUGCUACAAACGUUGGCUUUAAAACAGCUUCUGCCAAACCUAUUCAUAUCUCAAAAGAGGCUGAAAUGAAGGCCUUAGAAAUUUGCCAAAAUUUACCCGAAUUAAAUAUGGCAAAGGAAAAGAAAGGCAACAUGUUCAAUGAGAAAACAAAUAUAGCCAAUAUGGGAUUCCAGACUGCCUCUGCCAAACCUAUAAACAUCUCAAAGGAGGCUGAAAUUAAAGCUUUAGAAAUUUGCCAAAAUUUACCCGAAUUAAAUAUGACAAUGGGAUUCCAAACUGCCUCCGCCAAACCUAUACAUAUCACAAGGGAGGCGGAAAUGAAAGCUUUUGAAAUUUGCAAAAAUUUACCGGAACUAAAACCACUUUCGAAUUCCAAAACUGUCGAUAAAAAUAAAAACUGUGAUAUAGGAUUUAAAACUGCCUCCGCCAAUCCGAUACUCAUCUCGAAAGAGGCCCAAAUGAAAGCAUUAGAAUUACUAAAAGAUUUACCAGAAAUCGAUUCCAAAGAAGAGAAAUUAAAUUCAAAUUCGAUUGGCUUUCAAACGGCCGCUGGUAAUGGUAUACAGGUUUCCAAAAAAGCCAAAACAGCUGUGGCAAAUCUUCUAAAAGAAUUCCAAGCGGACAUGAAUUUUGAUAAAUCCUUGGAUGAUGGUUUUCGAACAGCUGGUGGUAAAAAACUACAAAUUUCCGAAAAGGCUAAAAACUCUGUUGCCAAUCUCUUAAGGGAAUUUCAAAGCAGUUGCGAUUUCAAUGAUUGUGAACAAAAUUUGGAGGAACUGAAAACCAAACUGCAACACAAAAAUCAGGAAUUAAAAAACAAAAAUACAAAAACUUCAAAUCAGGAAAAUGAAAAGAUAAACAAUUUACAGGAUGUAAAUAACACCGAUCUUAAAUUGCAGAUCGCAUCAAAUGGUCUUAAUAACUGUCAACUAAAUGGCUUUCAAACUGCUGGUGGCAAAAAAAUUAACAUUUCUGCGAAAGCCAAAAAGGCAGUUGCAAGUCUUUUAAAAGAUUUCCAGGAUACGAAUGAGAGCAAUUUUUAUGAUUAUGAAAAAUGCCUUAGUGAGACUAAAAAUAAACUACAAGCCCGGAAUUGUGAAUUGAAAUCCAUGAAACAAUAUUGUGAAAGGAAUUCUCUCAAGGAGAAUACUUCUAUGAAUACAACAUUAUCCCUAAUACCAUCGACAUCAAAACAAGUAAACCUUAAUGUGGAUACACCAACUUCAAUAAUGAAAAAAGGUCCGGAGUGCCCUUUGACAUCUCCAAUAAACAACUUAACUACCAAAUCCAUUAGUUUAAAUAACUGUGAUAACACUGCACUGCCAUCUACUUCGAAACGUCCAUUGGAUAAUGUAAGUACACCCCUGCCACCAUCAAAACGCAUUCAACAAUCCUUUUCAGAACUUUCAAUGCAAUCACCACUCACCCAUCACUCAACCACAAAGUCACUAAUCUCAAGGAAAAAUCUAUUAUCACUUAGCAAGAAACGUAAACAAAGAAAACACUCCUCAUGUAAUAAUAAAAUCAUAAAUAAUUUAAACGAUGAUAUGGAACAGGACAACGAACCGCCCAAAAACUUAAUCGGUGACCAACAAAUAAAAACACCAUUGAAAACCAAAUCCCUGUGUACUGUAAAUUCUCCAUGGACACCAAAUGUAAAUGAAUUCUUUAAAAAUGCUCCCACUUGUAGUACACCACGACUUAAUGCUGCAUCUCAACAUCAUGAUCCUCAUCAUCAGGAAAUGCAAGAGGAUUUCAAAACCAUUACAUGGGAAGAAGCAAAUAAUUCCGUCAAACCCACCAAACUUCUGGAGGAAUGUGGUAGUAACAUCACAUUGAAUACUUCCUCCACCCCACCAAGUGUCAAUGAUCGCAUUGGUCGUUUAAAAAUGUAUGGCGAAGCUCCUGCCAUUACACCCAUUGACAUCACCAAUAAUUGUCGUCCUUCUGGUCUGAGACGUACCCGGCGAAAAAUUACAAAAAAUAAUUCCACAAAAUAA